GAAGAGAACGCCAUUUUGUCCGGGUCGUUGCUGUUGUGAAGGGAACCGGUGGCUAUUGUGGCGGCACAUUAUCGCCAACGCGUUCAGCUGCCCUGCCCUGCCCUGCCCUGCUAGCCGGGCCGAGCCGAGCCGAGCCGGGGCGGGCAGGGAGGCGGAGCCGGAUAAAGUCGGGACAAAGUCGGGACGACGGCUGGAGAUACAGUAAAAAAACAUGUAUCAGCUUCCUGUAACCAAUCUGGAAAUUCUCAGAAAAUCCAGGAAAAAGGUGAAGAGGAUCUUGUCUGAUAUUGGUCUACAAUGCUGCAAAGAACUGUUGGAGGAAUUUAAAAGUUAUCAUCCAGGAGAUUACUACAUGAAAAACACAACAUGGUCUGACCUUUCAAAGUGGCACUCAAACAAAAAGUCUAAGGUCCACCCCUACCGAACGAAACCAUUUUGCUGUAGCCUAUGUGACUUCUCUACAAAGUUUAUUAACGCUUAUAAGAGUCACAUGCGCUGUUAUCACGAGGAUGAGAUGGAUAUGGAGAUGUUGGUCGGCUGCCCUAACUGCACAUUUACCGCACACCCCAAGCUCAUGAAGAAGCAUGGCAGAAUAUUCCAUCUGGAUACUCGGAGAGCACACGGCGCUGCCAACCACGACAUUGACGAUCAAGUAGGGGGGAAGACACAACCCAAGACGUACCAGGGCAAAAUGCCAAAUCUAGUCAAGCCAGUUUACUAUUGCAGGGUAUGUUCCUACAAAGAUGUCUCUGUGUACGGCAUAAAGAAACAUGUCUUUCUGUCCCAUUUCGGCAGCUUCGUCAACAACUACACCGGUCAGAUCGUGGACCAGGUAGAUCUCUUGGUGUACAACUAUUUUUGUAAAGGAUGCCACGUGAAAAUGGCCACCCACGAUGCUUUGCUCUAUCACGUUCUGGAAAAGCACAAAGAAGUGGAUGGGCCAGUCAGGGCAAUGGUUGGACAUAUAUCGGAGCUGAAACCCAGGCCCCACAUCGCUCCCAAGCCCCAGACAAGCAAGACCUCCGCACUGUCACCGUGUAGCAUCAGGCUAGCUGGUCAAAUGCUGUCCGGACCUCGGGCUGCCGGGUCAGCUCUUAGCAUCAGACUGAAAGGCCCGAUGCUCACGUGUGUGAAGAAGGCCGCCUCAAUGGCGAACACCACGCCGUCUCUCCCGGUGAUCUCCAGCGUGGUGUCUCCCAUCGCGGCACCGGUGCCGGCACAGCGGUCGCUGAAUGUGUUGGCGCUCCCACCGAAUUUCAGUCCGGUGUCUUUGGGCUCGAUGACUCCGGCGUUGAACGCUUUCCAUACGGUGCCGAGCAGUCUGAUCCCAGUGACCAGCUCUGGCGGACUCCCAAAGCCAGGCCAGGUUAACCUGGUGCCUGCCACCUUCCAGAUGAGCCAGAGUAACCUUGCCAUCAGGGCGGCGGGUCCGGUGCUCCCUCGGGCAUUCCUCAUGCAGCAGGGAUUGACCAUUGACCGGGCGGUGAGACCCAGUAUUCCAGGGAACGGACUGUCAGCCAAUUUGCCGACGGUUAAGCAUCUAAUUCAGAGCAGGAAAGACGCCAACGGCUUACCUGCCUACACCCUAACUCCAGUUCAGUUCGCCUUGCCUGUUGCUCCCACUGCGACCAGCAGCAGCAACAAGCUGGGCGUGCUCUCCGCCAUGCAAAUGCCACUUCAUAUCGACCGGACGAAUUGUAAAGCGCUGUCCGUUCCCCGGCAACCACGCGAAGAACCGUCGGUGAUCGCAGUUGCUGCCGUGGAGCGGGAACCGGCGCAGUCGAUGCUCGCAGUUGCUCUAAAUCUGCCACCGGCGCCUGUCCCCAGAGCCCAACAGUGGAAGAGCUGCUCCCUCUGCAGCUCACUGUUACCGCUCAGCGCCUACGACAACCACCUCGCCACAGCGCACAGGGCCAACAACAACAGGCCUGAGAAGGUCGUGGCCUGUGCCAACUACCUACAGAGGGCCGGCGCCCACAUCUGCAAGUGUCUGUUCUGUGAGUGUUACGUACACGAAAACCUCCUGUUUUGCCAUCUGCUAAUGCAUGGCCUGACCUGCUUGUUCUGCUCGCAAACCUUCCACGAUCUGGCCAAGUUUACCGCGCACACCAAGUCCUCGCACGCUGGGCUGAGGUUCGAAGUGGUGGAAAACGGCAAAGACGGAGCCUCGGCUUCCAAACAAAUCAACGAAGGCGGCUUUAACUUGACUAUCACGUUGCCAGAAGAUGAAAUGGGUCCCAACGACAUCCACCUGACCCUCAUUCCAAGCAAAAUGUCCUCUCCUCACGCGCCUUUCGUAAUCGAAGUGUGCAGGCACAAGGCAGAGGAGGUAGACAUUAUUGCACAGGCUGUAACCCCGGGGCCACCAAGCUCAGAGUGUCCUUUCUGUAGGAAUCAUUUUCGGGGUUCGAAAUAUGAAAAGCAUUUGCACGAGAAACAUCACGUGGCACCUAUUCUUCAUCCGCUACUGAAGAUACCCUCGUUUAAGUGCAUUUACUGUCUCGGCGUGUACACAGACCACAUGGCGGCAUCAACAAUCUCUCUCCAUCUAUUUCGCUGCAGGGGCCUUAAUAAAAUGCAAACUGUUACUUUGCCAAAAGACACUGGACUGUCAAAGCGUGCGAUUUCAGAAAUCGGCGAAUUGGGGGCUGAACUGGUUUCAAAUGGCGACGGAAGAAAUUUAGCGCCGCCGGCUUCAAAACGAUUAAAGACUGAUGUAGCCACCGCCUAUUCUGAAGUCCCUCCUUUAGCACAGAGUAACACGGCGAAUACUUCACACUCCUUGCCCUCUUCGGAUCCAUCUACUGUGCUGGCGCUAGUCCCGAAAGGAUUUGGCCAUCGCCCCAACAAAGAAAGAAAGCUGUUCCUCAACGACUACUUUCACAAGCAACCUUACCCGAGCAAUAAGGAGAUCGACCUGUUAUCUUCAGUCCUGUCCCUGAAGAAGAACGACGUUGCCCUCGUCUUUGACACAAAACGGGGGUCGUGCUUGAAAGCAAUGAAGGACAAACCUUUUGUGCUUUUAGGAUUCAACAUGUCGGAACUGAAGAAAGUAAAGCACGGGCUCAGAUUUGAUUUUGGGGGAACAAGCAGAAAGUCGAAUAGAAGUUAGUUAUUGCGUGUGCGUAGUAGGGAACCGCCUAUGCAGGUUUACACUUAAGAUAAGACAUAAAAUGCUGGAGUAACUCAGCGGGACAGGCAGCGUCUGUGGAGAGAAGGAAUGGGUGGGUGACGUUUCUGAAGAAGGGUCUCGACCCGAAAUGUCACCCAUUCCUUCUCUCCAGAGAUGCUGCCUGUCCAGCUCAGUUACUGCAGCAUUUUGUGUCUAUCUUUGGAUUAUAACUGUCCAUCCUUCCAAAUCCUGAAAAUGAAUGACUUUGACAGUGAUACUGUAGAUUAUUGUGUAAACUUUGUCCAGACUCCAUUGGUGAAGUUGUGCACCGAAGAUGGACACACAAUGCUGGAGUAACUCGAAAGAAUGGGUGACAUUUCAGGUCGAGACACUGCUCCGUUCUCCAGUCUGACGAAGGGUCUCGACCCGAGACGUCACCCACCCAUUCCUUUUCUCCAGUGAUGCUGCCUGUCCAGCUGAGUUACUGCAGCAUUUGUGUCUAUCUUUAGUUUUGACAUGAGUGUCCACCUUGGUCAUAGGGUACAAAUACAGGGACUAAUCUAUACUGGAAGACAAUCAAAUUGUUCAUGGCAUUUUGCUUUAGGGGACGCUUCUUGUGCCAUACUGGUCAUGAUUCCUUGUGGCUGGAAGCUCGAGAUCAAGAUGAAUCUAAAUACAAAGGUUUAACUCGAAAUCCUGCUUAAAGCCAAAAAUGUUAUUGUGUUUAUUUACAGCCACUUUACAUGGAUGAUGGAUGCAGUGCGGUUUGCAAAAUGAAAUGUAAACUUGCAUUCAGGUAGAAAGGGAUAUAUUGGUAUUAAGCACAGGUUCACGAUGAGCUUUGCUAUAUGUGUUGGAGGAUGAAUUUAAUGUCAAUAACACUGUGACUUUUGCUCUGCCCAAUUUACAAAGUUCCUGCCUUUGCAGUUUCUUAAUGUUUGUUUGAAACAUGAAAAGGAGGGUGAGAAGUACAGUUUAUUCGGUCAAACCUGCUGCAAAGUUGCCUCUUUCAGUUUAGUAUAUUGUCAGAUGUACAGUGAAAAGCUUUUUGUUGCGUGCUAUAGAGUCAGCAGAAAGACAAUACGUGAUUACAAUCGAGCCAUUUACAGUGUAAUGGGUGCAGCGAUUGUAAUCUGUGAUUGUAGAUCUGCUUCUUUGUUGGGCGCCAUCUUGGAUUAUUUUUUGACAUUGCCUAGUCCAUUUUUCCAAUGUUCGUGACGAAUUUAGGAUUAUGAUGCCUUGUUGUCUGCUUUUCACUAUCACAAUUUUGUAGUUCCUCUGCUUUUCACUAUCACAAUUUUGUAGUUCAUUUCACAAAUGAUUAAAAAAAAAUCACAGUUCAUCAUUCAA